GUUUAUGGCUAACAGUCACUGUAAAUGCAAUAGUUUAAUUUUGUGGACUAUACAUUGACACUGGCGUGAUGACCCUGAUUGGAAGUAUAUGUUUGUUGAUAUUUUGUCAAUCGGGUAUCCAGUUAACUCAUUCGGCAACGACAUCAUCAAAUAUAGGGUUUUCAGAAACAUCCUCCUACGCAACAAGUGCAGUUCCGUUAUCCAAUCAACCGCAAGAAACACUGCCAAAUGAACCACAAUCAACAACCGAUCAAAUUACCUCAACGUCAACGUCAAUACUGCCAAACACACCGACACAAUACAAUCUUACAACGACAUCAUCAACAACGACAUCAGGUGAAAUACCUUCAACGGAGCUAACAACAACGACAUCAGGUGAAAUACCUUCAACGGAGCUAACAACGAACGAACUAACGCCAACGGCAAGCGUAUUCACGGCGAACACGGCAAAAACAACUACCGAAUAUACAACCUCAGCGUUAACAUUAAAAACUGCAGCAACAACGCGAACAAAUAUAACUAUAUUAAUGAGCGACAAAGUAACGACAGUGACUGAAGUUUCACAUUCUCAGAUCACGGAUAUUCCAACAACCAGAGAAACCCUGACAACCAUGGCAUCAUCACAAAUAACAGCCACAAAUGUUUCAGCCGGAAAAACAUCAACAGCACCGUCGACAACACAGAAUACCAUGACGCCAUCACCAACAUCAACCGCUAAUAAAACCGCUAGUAUAACAACAACACCUUUGUCGACAGAACUAAAAAACACGACAUCGUCACCAACAACCAUUACACAAUUUACAGCAACAACAGCAGCACCGUUGACAACACAAACAGACAUGACACCCUCACCAGCAAUAAUCACAAAUUUUACAGCUGGAAAGCCAUCAGCAGCACAGUCGACUGCCCAAACAACUAUGACGCAAUCAACAACCGCAAAUUUAUCCGCAAGUACAACAAAAACAGUGUCGGCGACAAAACAAACAACCAUGAAAUCAUCACCAACAACAAUCACAAAUAUGACAGCUGAAACAACAAAGACAACAGCAUCGACAGUACAACCAACAACGACACCAUCAAUAACAAGCACGACCCCAUCAAUUACAACAACAACAUAUUUUACAAACGGUACAACGAUUACUGAAGCAUCUACACCACAGACUAUAACGCUAUCGACACCAGAAACAACCACAACAACAUCACGAACAACUACGACUCCAUCACAAACAACCACGGAACCAUCACAAACAACCACCGCACCAUCACAAACAACCACGACUCUAUCACAAACAACCAUCCUUUCGACACCAGAAAUAUCCUCAACGGACUCACCAAAAACUGCGACAGCAUCACAAACAUCUACUGCAUCGACAACAGAAACAACUACGACAACAACACUUUCACCAACAAUAACUUUCGCAGAUAGUACAACACUAAAUGAUGUAACUUCACCGAAAUCAACCACGCUAUCGACAACAGAAACAACCACGACACCAUCACAAACAUCCACUGCAUCGACAACAGAAACAACAGCAACACUUUCACCAACAAUAACUUUCGCAGAUAGUACAACACUAAAUGAUGUAACUACACCGAAAUCAACCACGCUAUCGACAACAGAAACAACCACGACACCAUCACAAACAUCUACUGCAUCGACAACAGAAACAACUACGACAGCAACACUUUCACCAACAAUAACUUUCGCAGAUAGUACAACACUAAAUGAUGUAACUACACCGAAAUCAACCACGCUAUCGACAACAGAAACAACCACGACACCAUCACAAACAUCUACUGCAUCGACAACAGAAAGAACUACGACAGCAACACUUUCAUCAACAAUAACUUUCGCAGAUAGUACAACACUAAAUGAUGCAACUACACCGAAAUCAACCACGCUAUCGACAACAGAAACAACCACGACACCUUUUAUUACAACCACCAAAACACCACAAACAACCCCGACAGCAUCGUAUACAACUGAAAUAAUAUCAACAUCUAAAACAACAUCGAAAACUACAACAACGUCACCAGAACCGACGUACAGUUCAGAAUUAACAUCGACAUCGACGUUUGAAACCUCGGAAACGCCAAACACAAUCGUCUCGGAAACAACAACAAUAACAAUGGUGGAAACAUCUCACACAUCAACGUCAUCGGCAUCUUCAACAUCGUACACCACAAUAACUGCGAUAGAAUGUGAACCUGUUAAAACAAUACCGAACGGACGAAUUGAUCUUUUUUCUCCAUCCGUCGCUAUUGUCACAUGUGACUCUGGAUUUGACGCCAGUAUAGAUUAUGUGACUUGUUUAAGUAAUGGAUCAUGGUCAGAGGCAUCGUGCACACCUAAAGAUUGUGGACCUGUCGAACUAAUACCGAACGGCCAAAUUGAUCUGAAUGAUCCAUCCAACACGACGUAUGGUGCCGCUGCUAACAUCACAUGUGAGCCAGGAUUUGACGCUAGUAUAGAUCAAGUUACCUGUUUAAGUAAUGGAUCAUGGUCGAAUGCAUCGUGCUCGCCUAAAGAUUGUGGACCUGUUGAAACUAUACCGAACGGGCAAAUCGAUCUCAAUGAUCCAUCCAACACGACAUAUGGUGCCUCCGCUAACGUCUCAUGUCACUCUGGAUUUGACGCCGGUAAAGAUGAUCUGACCUGUUUAAGUAAUGGAUCAUGGUCGGAGGCGUCGUGUAAACCUAGAGAUUGUGGAUCAGUUGGUAUUCCGGCAAAUGGCAUAGUAGAAAAUCCAAACGAAACAUCUUUUCAAAAGAUAGCGCGUUUCAAAUGUAAUCUUGGCUAUUGUUUGAAUGGGAACGUUUCGAGGGUGUGUUCUGUCAAUUCGAGCGGCGUUAUGUUUUGGAGUGGAACCACCCCAAUAUGUCAAAUUAAAGAGUGUCAAACGUUGUUGAAUCCAAAGAAUGGAGUGGUAAAUCUUACGAGCGGUACAACAUAUGGGCAGAAUGUUAGUUAUACAUGCAAUAAAGGAUAUAAACUUAUUGGGGAUAAAGUUCGACAGUGUCAAGCCUCCGGAUCGUGGGGAGGAGCAGAACCGUCUUGCCUUCUCGAAGAAAUGCCUCAUUUGACUUGUAAAAACGAUACUGACACAAGAGGUACGCUUUGGACAGAGAUUCUCGCUAACACGACACGUUCAUAUGACUGCGAUAAGGAAUCAAAAGGUAACAUGUCUCGAAGAUGUCGCCCAGAAGGUACAUGGGAGCUACCACAGUACAACUGUGUCAGAGAAGCAGUGGAGAAUGUCAAUAUUCAACUCAACAAUCUCACGACGAAGGUUAAUAUUACAACAGAAGAAAUCACAGUUGCAUUAGAAGCCCUUACCAAUGUAACCACGACACAUGGGACAAAUGCUACAACAGCUCUCACGGAUGGGGAGAUAACAGCGCUAACUAGUUCACUGGAGAAUGUUGCGACUCUUCUUAACAACAACACUAAGUUAGAUUCUGUGAUUAUCUCCGAGCACUUUAUGGAGUCAGCCAGUAAUUUGCUUGAUUCGUCCAACCAAGAAAGCUGGAAGGCAAUGAAGGAAUCAAACAACAAUGGGGCAGAAACGAUGCUGAAAGCUAUUGAUUCCGUUGGAUCUGCUAUGAGAAAAAGUAUUCAAGCUGGUACUGGUGGAACAUCUGCAACCAUUAUCAAGACAAAUGUUGCCUUAGAAGUGAAAAAAACUGAUGACGAAAAUAUUGAGUUUCCUGCAAAAUCUUCAUCUGAUAAUCCAGUCGAUGCUGACAAAGAUUGGAUUUUUAAGUCCCACAGUAAUUUGACAUUGGACAAACGUGCAUUAAAUUUUGAAGAAGACAAAACUUACAUCACCACAGCUAUAAUGUAUCGGGACAUGUCAGAUAUUCUGCCAACACAAUCAAAUGAAAAUGCAACAGGAAACGGGAAACUAAAAGAAAUAAAUGGUCCUGUGUUGUCAUUGUCGCUUGACCUAGCUACAGGGAACCUAAGUACUCCAAUCAGAAUAACAUUCGGUCACUUCUUGACGAAUUUGUCAGAGCCAUCAUGUAACUACUGGGCAUUUGGCAAUGACGGUCAGGCUGGAGGAUGGUCAACAGUCGGCUGUUCCGUGAAUUAUUCCUCAGCAAUCCAGACUGUCUGUGAAUGCACACAUCUUACUAACUUUGCUGUGCUGAUGAGCCCAUUUGUGCAGGCAGAUGCUGAUUCAGUUCCUUUGCGCAUAGUCUCCAUCGUUGGAAUUGCUGUAUCCAUGUUCUGUCUUCUGUUUACAUCGUCUUUGUACAUCUGUUUAUGGAGGUACCUGAGAAACGACCGUGCUGUUAUUCUCCUGAACCUCUGUAUUGCCCUGUUCUUCUCCUACAUCGUGUUCCUGGCCGGAGUCGAUCGAACAGAAAGCAAGGAGUUUUGCGCAGUUGUGGCAGCCUUAUUGCAUUAUAUCUACUUGGUCGUUUUUUGUUUGAUGCUUGCGGAGGGGAUAGACAUUGCAUACACAGUUCUUUAUGUAUUUGCUACCAGAUCACGGGCGAGAUCAUUAGUUAUUGCAUCAUGGGUUAUACCAGCUGUCAUUGUCGGAAUAUCACUCGGAGCAACUCAGACACAAGGAUAUGGAAAUACUUACUUCUGCUGGUUGUCUCUAUCACGUGGUGUAAUAUGGGCGUUCGUGGCGCCUGCCUUGCUCAUUAUUUCGUUAAACAUUAUAUGUUUGGUCCUUGUUUUCCGCAAAAUGCUGAGAAUGAAAGCAAUGGAAUCUAAGAAAACUACAGAAAAGAUUCAAACCAGCCUUCGAUCGCUCUGUGUACUAGUCCCUCUGAUGGGUGUGUCAUGGAUUCUGGGCAUAUUCUACAUUAACGAAGAUUUGUACUUCAUGCAAUAUCUUUUUGCCAUUUGUAAUGGUCUUCAGGGAUUCUUUAUCUUCCUAUUCCACUGUGCUUUGAAUAAAAAGAUACAAAAUGGAUGCCAAAUGAGACGAAGGCGUAUGUCCGCCAUGAAGUCUACGCUCAAAACAACAUAUAGAAGUUCGAGUAAGGAGAGGUCUAAAUCUAAAGAUCUUAAAUCUUUAAGUUCAGAGUCUCGAGACAUUGAUGCAUCAAUCGACUGGAGAAACCUGGUUCUCAAUGGAACAUCUGAGACUGACAAAGGUCGACAAUUUAACUCGCCAAUUGGGGGUGGAGCUUUUGGUCAUAUUCAGCGCCCGACUGUUGCCUUCAACCCACCUGCUGAAUACUCUCCACACACUCAUGACAGUCGUCAAAGUAUCAAACACAGAGAUUCUCGCAAAAUUGACAUCGUCAUCGGCGAGGACAAGAACUAUGACUACAGAAGACGCUCUACUGAGUUGUAAUGCUCUAAAAUAUGUCUUGAUAACGGGGUUUUCGUCUUCUGGUUAAUCAGUCUCAUGUUGAAUAUAAUAUUGAUAUGAUACAGCUUGUUAAGAUGUAUUGUGUUUAUUCCAACAGUAAGUCUGACGUCAUAUAUAUAUGGUACUAACAUUGGUUUAUAGAAACAAUCUUAAAACAAAAAUGCUUAAUUUAAUUUGAAAGUGUUUAUUUUUCUCAUUUAUUUUCACAUAGAGUACCAAUUACACAUUCAUGUUCAUCUUUAUAUAAUAUAACCUUAUAUGCAUUUUCUAUCAGUAUGGUUAAGCUCACACACACACACACACACGCACACACGCACACACACACACACACACACACACACAAACACACACACACACACACACAAAAACACACACAAACACACACACAUACACGACAGUGAUUUCCCCUACACUUAGAUAUUCAUACAAGAAAAUCUACAAUAGAACUUUUAAUAUUUGUUAAAUAAUUAUACAGACAUUAAAAAAUAAAAAAUAAAUGAAUCGUUAUGGCUAUUUGUGUAUUUUACUGAUUUAUGUUAGUUUCAGUAUUUCCCCACUUUUUAUUGUGGGCUUCGUUUUUUAAAGCAGUUUGCUCUUCUAUUUUAAUUCUUAAUUUAAGAUACAUCAUAUAUGCAUUAAAGGAUAGAUGUCUAUUAUUACACUUGGCUAAGUUUAUAUCAUAUUUCAUUAAAACAAUAUUUGAAAGUGUUGUUGACAUGAUUAUUAUAUGAUUUGUCCUUGGAUGAUAUUCACUUGUUUAAACUACUUAAAAACGA